AUAUAUCUUUUGCAAAUUUAAUUAAAUUAAAAAAAUGAAAAUUAAGCAAGAGACGGUGACCCUGGUUCUGGUCAACCUGGCCGGGAUCAUGGAGAGAGCCGACGAGUCUCUGUUACCGGGUGUGUACAAAGAAGUGGGCGCAGCCCUCCAUACCGACCCAACUGGACUUGGCUACCUCACUCUCUUCAGGUCUAUGGUCCAGUCCUUGUGCUAUCCACUCGCUGUCUAUUUCGCCCUCCGCCAUAACCGAGCUCACGUUAUCGCUCUUGGUGCCUUUCUUUGGGCCGCCGCCACUUUCCUUGUUGCCUUCUCUUCCACCUUUCUUCAGGUGGCCGUAUCAAGAGCUUUAAAUGGGAUCGGCCUUGCUCUAGUUGCUCCUGCAAUCCAGUCCCUUGUGGCUGAUUCAACAGAUGAGAGUAAUCGCGGUAUGGCUUUUGGAUGGCUCCAACUGACAGGGAACCUUGGCUCUAUAAUCGGCGGGCUCUCUUCUAUAAUGAUAGCUCCAACAACGUUCAUGGGAAUCCCUGGUUGGAGGAUCUCGUUUCAUAUUGUUGGAUUAAUCAGUGUGAUUGUUGGGGUGUUAGUGCGUCUCUACGCUACUGAUCCCCAUUUUUUAAAUGAAACAAAACCCAGCAAUGAGAUUUCUGGCAAUUCCUUUUGGUCAGAAGUCAAGGAGCUAGUAAAACAAGCUAAGGCAGUCGUUAAAAUUUCAUCUUUUCAGAUUAUUGUGGCGCAGGGUGUCACUGGUUCCUUUCCCUGGUCAGCUUUAGCAUUUGCACCGAUGUGGUUGGAGCUCACAGGAUUUUCCCAUGAGAAAACCGCAUUUCUUGUAGGCUUGUUUGUGGUUUCGGGUUCCCUUGGAGGACUUUUUGGUGGCAAAAUGGGCGAUGUCCUUUCUGUGCAUCUACCAAAUGCUGGAAGGAUAAUCCUAGCUCAAAUAAGUUCGGCAUCUGCUAUCCCUCUUGCAGCCAUACUUCUACUGGGUUUACCUGAUGAUCCGUCAACCGCAGCCAUUCAUGGUUUGAUCUUGGUAGUAAUGGGAUUCUGCAUAUCUUGGAAUGGUCCGGCCACGAACAAUCCUAUUUUUGCAGAGAUAGUUCCUGGGAAGUCCCGAACCAGCGUGUAUGCAUUGGACAGGUCUUUCGAGUCUGUACUCUCAUCAUUUGCUCCCCCUGUAGUCGGGUUAUUGGCACAACAUGUUUAUGGUUAUAGACCGGUUGAUAAAGGGUCCUCUGCAUCUGAAGAGAUUGCCACAGAUAGAGGAAAUGCUGCGUCUUUGGCCAAGGCACUGUACACAGCAAUAGGAGUUCCGAUGGCUCUCUGUUGUCUUAUCUACUCAUUCCUGUAUUCAACCUAUCCAAGAGAUCGGGAGCGAGCUCAAAUGGAAGCUUUGAUAGAAUCAGAGAUGCUGCAAAUAAGAUCGGAAUUACCUGCAGAUGGGCAACAUCCUCAUCAAGUUCUGUUAUCCGAGUCAGGAGAACCAUAUUUGCGGGAAAGAACCGUAAUCGAAGUGGAGUAUGAGGAGGAUGCUAUUUUUGAUUUUGAUGAUGGUGUUGAUGUUGAUAAUGAUGGUGAUGAGAAUACAUUGUUGUACCGCCAAUUAACAUUUGCCAAUCUAAGUGCACCGUAAAUGAUCUACAGGCAGACGUUGACUUAACUUCCACAAAUCUACAACUACAAUAUCAGCAAAACUCAAGCUUGUGAGGUCAUACAGAGCUUUUUGCGGGGUAUGAACCUCACAAAAGAAAGUAAAAGGCUACAUUACAAAAAAAAAAGUUGACAAUGUCAGUUUACAUGCGUGCUUCAGAGUCUCUGUGACCCUAACUUGAUAAGAGGGGAAAUGGAAAUUCAAAGCUUGAUGAUAAUGUAAUUUAUGUUACCCUCAAUUUUGUUAAGUGGUAGAAAUUCUAGUCCAUAUAAAAAGAAUUAGGCGAUGUUUACAAAUCAAUGGACAGUCAAAAGAACUAGCGAGAAUUGUUCUCCAGUAUAUUCAUUCGUGUAUUUACUUUCAUAUUUGUCAUAAAAAUUUGUUGUACUACACUUACAAUCAGUUAAAUUUAGAAUGUUCAGUAAACAUGUCAAUGAACUAUCCUUUUCUUUUUCAUUA